UUUUUUUUAAAGCACAUAAAAGACAUCAUAAUUCAUAAAAAUCAUGCUAACUGACUAAUAUUAUCUCAUAUAACAAAACGUAUGAGAUAUCCUAAACCUGCGUUAACCUUAGUUUCGGCGUUUAUCCCCAACCCCUAUUCUUUUCGCAUUCAUUUUCUCCUUUGGAAUGGCUGAACGAACCAGAAGUAACUAAUUUCCUUUUUUUUUAGGAAAUUACAUGCUGGCGAGUGCUAUUGACAUUUCGGAGCAGGUUAGGAAAACUUACUCCGCAGGUGAGAUACCCAACUUAUUUCCCACCAAUUGUGAUGAAAUCCAUCAGGGGCGGGGCCAGAGGUCUCUAAUGGAUAUGAAGUCUCAGAGGUUCCACUGGAUUUGUCUAGUUAUUGUAACACUGUCAGUGUUGUUAUGGUACGUCCACAUGACCAGAUCAGAUGGGUCCAACAGCAUGGUCAACAUUGGUCUCCAAGGAUACCUCAGGAUCACCCCUGGCAGGAGAGAUCAGUUUUUGAAGAUGCACUGCCUCCAGUGUGCCUUGGUGUCCAGCUCGGGCCAGAUGCAGGGGGCAGGUCUCAGAGAGGAGAUUGACCAAAUGGGGUGUGUGAUCCGCAUGAACAACGCCCCCACGCUGGGCUAUGAGAGGGACGUAGGGAGCAGAACCAGUCUGAGGGUCGUAUCGCACACCAGUGUUCCACUGCUGAUUAAAAACGAGAGCUAUUACUUCAGGCACUCUGCGGACACCACCUACGUGUUCUGGGGUCCUGAGCGGAACAUGAGGCAGGAUGGGAAAGGGCGUGUUUUUAAUGCCUUGAUGAAGAUGGCCACGAAGUACCCGCAGGUCAAAAUGUACAUGGUGACUCGGGAGAAGAUCCAGUACUGUGACAGUGUUUUUCAGAACGAGACAGGGAAAAACAGAAUGAAUUCAGGUGCUUUUCUCAGCACUGGUUUCUUCACCAUGAUCCUGGCCAUGGACAUGUGUGACAGUAUUCACGUCUAUGGGAUGAUCGACGAUAACUUCUGCAGCCGUUCCGAUCACGGUGUUGCUCCCUACCACUACUACGAGGGAAGCCGGAUGGACGAGUGCCGCAUGUACCGGAUGCACGAGCACGCAAGUCGUGGCGGCCAUCGCUUCAUCACCGAGAAGGCCAUCUAUGCCCGGUGGGCCUUGCACCACAGGGUGGAGUUCAAACACCCUUCCUGGAACCUGCAGAAAAGGAAACAUGACCCCUGAGUGUUGUGCCUGGUGACUUUUUUUUAUCUUUGUUGACCUCUGACCCCCGUAUGACCCCGUUGAGGGGGAAUUCUGUUCAGUAUGAGAGUCAAAUGAUCUUACUCCUUCAUGGGGCUGCAGUAUUAAUUAUAAUAUUUCGGACAGCCUAAAUGGUGUUCAAAACAUUGUAUUCAAUAGUCAAGCAUCAAACUGCCAACUUUUUUACAUUGGUCAAAGUGCACAUAUUUCUAAUUUUAGACCUUUAGCCUAUUGCUAAAGUACAGUAUUCUAACCACUAUUAAAUUAAAACUGCUAUUGGUAGGUCUAGUGAUGCCAAAUCAAAUAAUAUUUUUUGUGUUUGAACAAACUUGAUGCCUUCGUUGUUUGUUUGUCAUAAUUAUGCCUUUUCAUUUCUGCACUCUUUAAGAUCAAAUGUUUUGUCAUUUAAUGCUUUUAAAGCUUUUAUGAUGCACUGACUGAAUGUUCAGCAACGUAUUAUGUUUUUUCCUGUUCACUGCUAUAUGCCCAUGUAUUUCAAUGUAAUGAAACAUUGUUGGGCUUUCCUAUCAGAGUUUAGUCUUAACAACAUUUCAAACUUUUACAUAUAUUUAUUAUGUUAUGGUUCAAAUGUAACAAGAAUCAUGAAUUUAGUGUCACUGAAACGUAAUAAUGUGCUGGUCAUUUACUAUCAGAGAAAGUGACUAUCUGAUAGCAAAGAGAACUCUUUUUCUGAUUUAAUUGGUUUUUGCAGAGGCCAAUGGAAUGAUUUGACAUGUUAUGAGUAGAGACUCAUCCCCAAAAAGUGUGCCUUUUUCUUUAACUUCCUAUUUUUGUCUGACAUUUUACACAUGUUGACUUUAAACAAAAAUGUUGUUGCUUGACAAUGUAAAUGGUUUAAUGUUACUUUUAUAUAAGGUCUGAUAUGCCUUAUAUUCUGAUGGUCUUAAUGAUAUUUACAAAGCUUGACAAUGCUACAAUCAUGUUCAAUGGAAAAUCCCUAUAGUCCUCUCUUUUAGGAAAUAUGAAAUGCUCUUUACCUGCCUUUUUAAAUGAAUUAAUGUCUGAUUCCAAAGAAAUGUAUUAUAAAUGUUUACAGUAUUGUGAUGUUUAUCUUGUUUAUUCUGAAGAUGUCUGGUUUUCCCAACACUGAAAUAAACUAUGUACAUUUUCAAA